AUGGAAUCUCCUCCGCAGCCACCGCCGCAGCCGCCUGCCGUUGACCUCUCGCUCGCCUUGUCGUCGUCGCCGCCGUCGUCACGGAAUCAGGUCGUCCGCCUCUACCCCUGUCUCUUCUGCGACAAGAAGUUCCUCAAGUCGCAGGCCCUGGGGGGCCACCAGAACGCGCACAAGAAAGAGCGGAGCGUCGGGGGGAAUCCGCUCCUCUACCUCGCGCCCCCCGUCGCCGGCCACGGCGCCUCCUUCCCCAUCGCCUCCCACGCGUGCAGGCCGGCCCACGUCGACUACCGCUGCCGCCGCCCCGGGGACCCUCGGUUCGAGUGCGUUGAGACCGUCGACAUGCUUAAUUGGCAGAGAGCAUCGCAUCCCCAGCAUGCUAUGGCCGCUGUUACUACUACCGCUGCUACUGGUGAAGAAGACAGAUCCGCCAUGAUUGAUCUAUCCUUGAAGCUUUAA